ACGAGUGGAACUGGUAUUGAUAUUUUGGAUGUCGUCUGAAGCGAAGCAGUACAAGAAGGUCGGCAGUUUUCGGCGCAGUUUGGAGCUAUAAACUGGCUUAUUCUAUCAAUUUGUAAACCUGGCGCCUUCGUAGCAAGUCUGGCCUCGUCCUCGGACUCCGACAACGGUGGACUGUCUCCACCACCGAGGAAAAAGCUCUGUCUUGCAGCGGCUGCUGCCAUGCAGUCCAAUGGCUCCCCGACCCACAAUGGAGACGCUCAGACAAGCAGUUCCGCUCAAAAUGGUGCUGAGCCGGAGCCCUCGGCCUCCUCGAGUAACGGAGUGGAGGUGACACAGGUUGCCGAGGGCUUGGAGAAGGCCAAGGUAGUGCUCUCCAGGUCCGACGAGGACAUAGUGCGGCUGAUCGGGCAGCAUCUGAACGGCCUCGGUCUCCACCGGACUGCUGAGCUUUUGAUGGCCGAGUCAGGAUGUCGUCUGGAGCAUCCAUCGGCGGCCAAGUUCCGCGAACUGGUCAUGGCAGGGGAGUGGGAACAGGCCGAGGAGGUCCUUUCUGAGCUGAAGUCUUUGCUGGACAAGCCCCAAGCUGCUCUGAAGAUGAAGUUCCUGUUGCUAGAGCAGAAGUACCUGGAGUACCUGGAGGACGGGCAGGUGAUCGAGGCACUCUAUUGUCUGAGGAACGAGCUGACGCCGCUCAAGUUCAACACCGAACGGGUCCACCAACUCAGCGGGUACAUCAUGUGCAGUACUGCAGAAGAAUUGAGAGAGCGUGCAGAGUGGGAGGGGAAGGGACCCAAGUCCAGGGCCAAACUCAUGGAGAAGCUGCAAGCUUACAUGCCCCCGUCUGUGAUGCUACCGCCGCGCCGGCUGCAGACCUUGCUGUCCCAGGCCAUUGAGCUUCAGAAGGAGCGAUGUCCCUACCACAACACUAAGAACGAAGACUCCUUACAAAACAUGUCCUUAUUACUAGACCAUGUAUGCAGUAGGAAACAGUUCCCUUGCCGGACAAGACAAAUUCUAAGUGAACACUGCGAUGAAGUGUGGUUCUGCAAAUUUUCCAAUGACGGCACAAAGCUAGCUACAGGUUCCAAAGACUCCACACUCAACGUAUAUGAAGUAAAUCAGAUAACCCAAGAAGCAAAGCUGCUACGAACGUUUGAGGGCCACCAGUACGGCGUGUCCUACCUGUCAUGGAGCCCCGAUGAUGUAUACCUCAUAGCCUGCGGACCCGAGGAGUGCUCUGAGUUGUGGGUCUGGAACGUCCAGACGGGGGAGUUGAGAGUAAAAGUGAGCCAGUCCCCAGAAGACAGCCUGACAUCUGCAGCCUGGAAUAUUGACUGCAAGAGGUUUGUCUGUGGGGGAACUCGAGGACAGUUCUACCAGUGUGACCUGGAUGGGAAUGUGAUGGACUCCUGGGAAGGGGUCAGAGUGCAGUGCCUCCAGUACAAGAAGGAUGGGAAGACAGUCUUAGCCUCCGACACGCACCAUAGGAUUAGGGGGUACAACUUCGAGGAACUUUCAGACCAUAAUUUAGAUCCCAUGGCUCAAGACCCUUGGAUAGUGGACAAUAAAAUAGUGGAAGAUCACCCGAUCAUGUCCUUCAGUGUAGAUGACUCGGGGCGGUUAGCACUUCUGAAUGUAGCUACUCAGGGCGUCCACCUGUGGGACCUGCAGGACAAGGUUCUGGUGAGGAAGUACCAGGGCGUCACACAGGGCUUCUACACCAUCCACUCCUGCUUUGGUGGUGUCAACCAAGACUUUGUGGCCAGUGGGAGCGAAGACAACAAGGUUUAUGUGUGGCACCUGAAGCGGGAGCUGCCCAUCGCAGUGCUGGCCGGCCACACGCGGACCGUCAACUGCGUGACGUGGAAUCCCCAGAUCCCCGGGAUGCUGGCCUCCGCGUCCGACGAUGGCACCGUCAGGCUCUGGGGACCAGCGUCCGCCGAUGACGAAUCAGACGAUCUGCCCUGCCUGUCUCCCCUGGACGGCACAGUCAGGGUCUUGGAAAAAGACAAACCUGCGGCAGAAUCGGAUGACUCGACAGACACGGACGAUGAAGUAUAGCGGCUCCACCCUUGUUGCCUCAUUAUGUGUAGUUCCAUAGAAUAUUUUUCUUCAAUGUUCCAUAUGCUUCUUAAUCACAUUAUUUAGAUAUUGUUUAUGAAAUAUCAUUUUGUAUUUGACAUAGUUUACUUGAGCGAGGCUGCAAAUGCGAGGGCUCCCCUCGAGUUUGGAGUUUUUAAUGGCACUUUUCUGCAUGUCCAAAUGUUGGUAAUGGAGAGAGAGAGUUGUGGGUUGAUGAGUAUUGUAGGAUUGAUUGUGAAUGAAAGUAGGGUGAAUUUUUCCAAUGGACUAUUCUAGCCUAGCAAUAGAGAGCAAAGUUGGCAGCACACGGCAUGUAUGUGUACAUUUAUAAUGUAUAAUUGAUCACCAGCGUCUGGCAAUGAUACAUGUAUGUCAUUGUUAUUUUAUGCUGCUCAUUCCUACAGACAAUAGCAGACAUUACUCAGCUGUGACCUCGCUAGGCCUGUUGAGAGGAAGUUUCUAUGUCAGGAGAAAAAAUGACCCACUUAAGCCUUUUUAACUUGUAACCAUUCCCCUUUGAGUGGAGGAUGGAGAAAUAAUAAACCCCGUAAUACGCUUUCUUAGAUGGGAGGUUACAACAUGUUUGAAGCUGUUGGCUACUAGUAACAACAUGGAUGGUCCUCGAUCCUUAGAGAUUUUGUCCAAAUGCCAGACAGACUGCUAAAUGAAUUACACUAGUCUAAAUUUGGAACUACACAGGAGUUUUGUGUGCACAACAUGUAGGCAUAUUACCGACUAUAUUAAAUGCUGGGCUUCCAUUAUGAUAGCCUUGAAAUUGGAACAUGACUUUCUAAAGUGAAAGUACUGUAACCUGAAGGGACAGACAUUCCACUCUGCAGUGGCAACAAGUGUAACCUCAGUUGUUUUAUUAAUGCACAAGGUGCUUUUAAUAUAUGUAUCAACAGGCCUGGAUGGGGUUACAGCUUAGCUCAAUACAAUCAACAGCAUCGAAUAUUGUUGCAUCAUCACCUUUAGUUCCAGGAAAAUAAUACUGAUGCUACAGAUUUCUGCUAUAAGUUUUAUAAGCUGCUAACUUUUUUUUAGCAUAAUUCCCAUCUGCCUCACCAGACAAUGCCAAACAUUUCCUUUCCUCACUAGAAUGCUCUUUCUGCACUUCUUCAGUACUGCUGAAAGUUGGUCACAUAUAAUCACCCAGGGAAGGAAAUCAGGCUUCCAUGAAUAGCAAUCUUUAGUUAUUGAACCUGGUCGGGCUGUGGCAAGGUCCCGGCAGGAGGGCAUGACUCUACAUGUCAGCAAUAAACAAUCAGCAGUGCACAGUUAACCAACAACCAGGGCUGUUCUCGCUUCCUGCACAUUUCAGCACUGCCACAACAGAAACACAAGCACCGGGCGGUUUUGCAUGGGUCGAACCUGCUUUUGUAACAAUCCAGAUGUUCUUGUCCAGACAAGGUGUAUGUUAAAGAAUGAAAUAUUACCUGUAUGGUAUCUACA